GUAUGGGGCAACCCGCGAAUGCUUCCCAGAGCAAAGAAACCCAACUCCGGAGGGGAUGAGAAAGAAGAGCCUGUAGCCGUCUUCCUCAUCCACCGCUUUGCGAAGAUCCCCUUAUACUAUUUCCUAAACUGGCAUGUCCUGCCAAAGCUCUUCUCCGAGACCGUCGUUGAGCUUGUGGCCUACGAUGUCGCUUUCCCUGCGCUUCUGACGCGACUCUCCGAUGUGACGGCUCGGGAGGUCGUAGUGCGCUCAUUUACGGCGCUUUCUUGGAUCUGGGAGAGCCUUGUGUUCCUGGACGGUACUAACGCUAUCUUGGCGGUGCUUUUCGUUCUCACCGGCGUAGACCAGCCGAGCGAUUGGCCUCCUAUCUUCGGUUACCCUAGUGGCAUGUGUGGGCUGCGUAAGUUCUGGUCGCAGUUCUGGCACAAGCUAGCAGUGCGGCCCUACUCGAACUACGGCCGGGCUUUUGCUCGAAUGUUGUCAUUAAUGAUACCUGGGCUCCCUCCUACCGUAACCGGGGCCAUUGUGGCCUUUGUCAUCUUCUUGAUUUCUGGACUCUCCCACGCGGCGGUAAGCUGGCGCCUCGGGACAUCUGGAUGGCUAGAUUUACAGUGGUUCCUACUGAACUUCGCCGGUUGUUUGGUCGAAACUCUUGUACUCUCGAUGGUUCGACGCCUAGCGAAGAAGGCAGGUCGGACGCGGGAGCUGGCUUGGCUAGAAAGAAGUUGGCUCGGAUGGUUCAUCGGGUACGCAUGGGUGUUUGCGUUUUUCUUCUGGACUGUGCCGCUCUGGAAGUUCCCGACGCUGUAUCGGGAGCUGGUAAAGUUAGAACGAUGGGCGUCCAUCUUAUCGAAAAUGACCAUUGUUGAAGGGUAGAUGUAGUCAGAACUCAAGUUUAUUAGGUAUUUGUAUUAAAAAGGGUUUUCUGAACAUAUUCAUCGAAGCUGCUACUAUUUUGGAGGGAAAAAAGAUUUAUAGGACGAAGUACACUUUCACUAACUAUACAUUUACCUAAGUAGAUUGCACUUCAUUACCGAACAGCCGAGCUGUUCAUAUCUCGUAGUUGGACGUCGCGAUACCAGUGUCAGCAUUCCCUCGAGGCAAUCCUUGGAUCUCUUCAAGUAUUAACAUCAUCACAACCCCUCUGGGGAUCGAACUAGUUAUUGUCUUGUCUAUAUGCAAUCCUAAAGUCUAUUCCUUAGGCCAUAAUCCGAAGUCGUCCAGUGCCUCGAAGCAGCCAUGUGUUAGAAGCAAUCCUCCGUGAAUGUGGCCACCAUAGACAGCGCGGCAAAGUGCCGUGCGUUAAUCGGCGUUUUUACGCACCGGAUUCGAUCCAUUAAAAAUAGUAAAUCCCGUUGAAAUAAACCUGAUUAUGUAUGGUAAGCUUCAAUAUGCAGUGGUGUAAACUUAUCUCAGCUGAUUCUGAGUUGUUAACACUUUGCCCGAACUUGUUCGGGAUAUUGUAUCGACCUAGCGCGUCCGGAUUAGAGAGGUUGCCGAUGCGUAACAUUCUAAGUGCUUUUUUUAU